AUAAACAUGAGGAUACCGUCGCUGUAACAGAACCCUGCCCACGGCUCACACAGUCACAGUUGAGACUCCAGCAGCUCUGCUUUUUUCCCCCCACACAUUUUUCCUUGUGCCAGUCGGGACCUGUAUGGCCCCAUCGAUCGCCAUGUCAGCACUGACCGCCGGCGUGAAAAGCGAAGACCUCUCCCCCCGCUCGGUGCUCGUCAACAGAGGCGACAUGCAGACCAGCCUGGGCGCCGCGGAGGAGACCGGGAAGCCGAAAGUCGCGAUCCUGCCGUUCAGCGUGGAGGCGCUGAUGGCCGAUAGGAAGCCCAGCAGAGAGGGGCCGUCUCCGGACGGCGCGGCCGGGACGUCCCAGGCGCCGGGGAAGGGGACGCGGAUCGGCGCCUUCGCCGGUCUGGAGGCUUCUGUCCCUGCUUUGCCAAUGAGCUCUGCCUUUUCUGUGGGCGACAUCAUGAACAUGUCCGAGGAUGUGCUCAUCAAACCCGAGAGCCCGGACAGCCAAGAGAGAACUUCGUGGAUACAGAGUCCGCGCUUUUCUCCAACUCCCCCAAGACGCCUGAGUCCUCCUGCCUGCCCGCUGCGCAAACACAAGACGAACAGAAAGCCCCGGACCCCGUUCACCACGUCCCAGCUGCUGGCCCUGGAGAGGAAGUUCCGACAGAAGCAGUACCUCUCCAUCGCGGAGCGGGCGGAGUUCUCCAGCUCGCUCAACCUCACGGAGACCCAGGUCAAAAUCUGGUUCCAGAACAGACGAGCAAAGGCCAAGCGCCUCCAGGAGGCAGAGCUGGAAAAACUGAAAAUGGCAGCGAAGCCCAUGUUGCCCCCGGCUUUCGGGAUCUCCUUCCCCCUCGGCGCGCACGUCCCCGCGUCCUACGCCGGGUCGCACCCGUUCCAGAGGCACUCGCUGCCGGUGUCUCCGGUGGGACUGUACGCCGCGCAUGUGGGAUACAGUAUGUACCACCUGGCUUGACGCAAAAAAAAGGGGGCAGUAGGACUACUUUUGUUUUUCAAGAGGGAUUGGGCCCGUUUGGACCAGUGAUGCGACUGAAGAGAAGCAUCAAGGCGGGGGAGGUCAGUGUCGCAUCUGGUCAGGGAGGGUGGGAGCAAGGCCUCCUAACGGACACGCACCGACCACGUUGUAUCCUCUUCUCUUUUGACCUGGUCAGUAAAUUGCCACACCGCAGAAAUAAUCCAACGAUGUGAGUGACUGGGUGUGUGUGUGUGUGUGUGUGUCAGACAAAGGUCUUUGAAGAUGUUUGUUUUUUUUCCCCCUUCUUUUUUUUUUUGCAAAUGUGGAAAAUGAUUUUUCAACCUUCCAACGUGUUUUGACCUUAAAGUCAAGUGUGGACAUUAAGCAGGGCGUCCAUGGCAGCCAGGUGAAAGGUGACAGGACUUUCUUUUCAGAGAUCAAGGCUCAGCUUGACAUUUUCUACUUAUACGCAAAAGGUCAUCCGCAGGCCGACGUCAAACCAAACUAACAAAUCCACACAUUUGCAGUUUUUGGUUUACUUAUUUUGUUUUGUUGUUUUACUUUCAUACAGUAUAAGUUUCAACCACAGCAUGCCAAUCAGUCUGUGAAACCUGGAGAACCACAGCAUCAGUUUUUUUUUUUGUUGUUGUUGUCAUUGUUUAUUUUUUUAUAUAUAUAUAAAAAAACAGCACUGUCUGUUGUCGGAUUGAUUCCCUUAUUUUCGGAAGGGGAAAGGUGUACUGUAAAGUAAUGUAUAUUUGAAAAAAAAAUAUCCUCAUUUAUAUUCUGAAUAUAUUUGUGACAUAACUUAAUAAAUUGUUUAUUCUUUUUUUCCAAUUAA